CGUCAUCAUUCUCAGGUAGCUAAAGAAGCAGAUGAGACAGAUUGUCCACUAUCAAGUCCAGUUUUAUCAUAGAGACAGUCAGACGUCUUAUCAGUCUUAUCCAAGCGAUAACCGGAUAUGGAAUAUAAAGGCAAAUACGACACUUUCAGUGUCUUCACAUCGAUUUCAAGUGACAGACGUGCCAAGCCCAAGCCAAGCAAACACUUAAUUUAAGCGAAAAACGUUCAAGCAUGUCCAAGCUCACGGAAUAUGCCGUCAUUUGGAUACUUUUAAUCGUGGCCAUUGGCUGCCUUGUCUUGGGCCUAAUCUUUGGCCUUGGCAACGAGGUAGAUGGCCGCAUUGGCGCCGUUGCUUCCAAUGGCGUUGGCUGUGCUGAGAUCGGUGGCCAAAUGCUCGAUGUGGGAGGCUCAGCGGCCGAUGCCGCAAUUGCCACAAUGCUCUGCGAGGGCGUUAUGUUGCCACAUAGCUUGGGAGUUGGCGGUGGCUUCGUGGCCACCAUUUACAACAAGGCAACUGGCCAGAUAGAGACACUGAUUGCACGGGAAACGGCGCCGGCGGCAGCAACACAAGACAUGUUUGUGAAUCUAACCAAGGAUGAUCAUGUGACGGGCGCUUUGUCCUGUGCUGUGCCCAGCGAGAUCUUUGGCUAUUGGAAGCUACACGUGCGACUCGGCAAAUUGCCCUGGCGUGCACUUUUUGAGCCGACCAUCGAGCUGUGUCGCAACGGCAUCACCGUCUCGCUUUAUUUGGCCGGCGUGCUGGCCAACAAUGAGGAGCACAUCCGGCGGGAGCUCUCCAUGUCCGAGAUCUUCAUCAAUCCCGCCACAGAGCGCGUCUACAGAGUGGGCGAGGUCAUGUAUCGGCAUGUGCUAGCGGACACUCUAGAGAUUAUUGCCACGGAGGGAGCUGAGGUGCUCUACCGAGGUGGACGUGUGGGACGUAUGUUGGUCGAGGAUAUCCAGGAGAUGGGCGGCAUCAUAACCGAGCAGGAUCUGCAGAGCUACAAUGUGCGCUGGGAGGAACCGCUGCGCAGCAGCUUUGGACACGGCUACGACUUGUACACAACACCGCUGCCCACCAGCGGAGCACUGUUGAUCUUCAUCGUGAAUGUGAUGGACAAAUUGCACUCGAAGGACAUGCCGAUCGAAACGUAUUGGCAUCGCCUCGUGGAGAGCUUCAAGCACGCCUAUGGCCAACGCAGCAAUCUGGGCGAUUUGCACUUUGAGCCCUCGGUGCGUCCGCACUAUCGGAAGCUGAUCGAUCCGAGAUUCGCUGACAAGAUUCGUGCACUGAUCCGGGACGAUGUGACGUUUGAGGAUAUACAUUAUUAUGGCGCCAAUUUUAGCAGUGUCGAGGAUCAUGGCACUGCGCAUAUUUCGGUGCUGGCGCCCAAUGGCGAUGCCAUCUCGGUGACCAGCACGAUUAACGGGGAUCUCGGUGCUCGGCUGCGAUCGCGGCAAACCGGAUUCAUACUCAACGACCAGAUGAAUGACUUCUCAAAGCCGGGAAGUGUGAAUGCCUUUGGCAUUCCCGAUAGUCCUGCGAAUUACAUUAAGCCCGGCAAGCGUCCCAUGUCUUCCGCGUGUCCCAGCAUUGUGCUCGACAAACAGGGCAAUGUCCAGCUGGUUGUUGGCGGCGCUGGCGGCCCAAAGAUCACCACCUCGGUGGCACAGGCCAUACUCCGGUACUUUGUGCUCAAGGAGUCCGUCUACAAUGCGGUUAACUCGGGUCGACUGCAUCAUCAGCUGGUGCCGAUGCACGUCGAAUUGGAGCCAUCGGUGCCGCGACGUACGGCUGAUCAUCUGGAGGGGAUUGGUCACAAGCUCAGUCCAUUGAGUGGACACAGAGCGUACUCGGCCCUCACGGCCAUUGGCAGCAAGGAGAACGUUCCCGAUCCCAUCUGCGACUAUCGACGCGAGGGCAGCGCUGUCCUAGUUGGUCCCAGCUUGGAUUAUGUUUAACUCGCAUCAUCUACUCACUUCUUCCUCCCUCUCUCACUCUCACUCUCAC